CACCUUCCCCUUAGAUAACAAGAGCAUAAACCACAAUAAUGUUAAAAAAUAAAGUCUCUCCCUUUUCCUCAACUGUACCCAUCAAUGCUUAUGUCCAUCCUUCUCCCUUUUGCUCUGUAUUUAAUUUAACUCAUCAUCUGCACUGCAUGCAAGUUUUAUGCUUUUGAUCUAUCUUCUCAUGCGUUUUUUACUUUCUUGAUUUGGCAAUUCUCAUGAGUUGAUGUUUUUGUGAGAGAUCUUUUUUUUUUUAUGGUUGCCGACACGAAAGGUUUGUUCUUGACUUGUGUUUUUAUUUUUUUAUUUUUUAUUGGAGAUUCUUGUUUUUGGUAGAUGAACAACUCAAAGACGGAGCUAACAAAGUCUUUUUUGGUAUUCCAUUAUUUUAUUCCAUGGUCUUUCCUCUGCAUUGUGUGUCAUGUUUGUAGUAUCAUUACUAUUUAAAGGAAUUUUGGUUAUCUAUCAAUAUGCAUAAAUGUCUGAUUUUUAUGAUUUUGUCCCCUUUUCUUACAUGGCAGCAAAGAAGCUACAACUCAACUUUUGUUUGGUGAGAAAAAUCUGAGUUAGCGAACCAAGAAUAUCUUUAAUUCCUUUUGGAACAAGGAGUUGGUUUGAUUGGUAACGCUCAAGUUGGUCUCUCUCUUCUUUUUUUUCCUUUUUCAAAUCCAAGUUGAUUUCUUUGUUCUCUCUGAAUCCUAUAACCAAUAUAUAUAAAUCUAUAGUGGAUUGCAUAACCACCAGCAAAACACUUCCUAGACUUUGUUCCAUUGCCUUUGGUUUGUUUGAGUUUCUUGGAGUGGACUGAGAAAUAUGGUGGGUAGCAUUGAGGCCAAGAGCCUGCAAUCAAACGGUUCUGUAAUUCAUCAUAAUGGUCUUAAUUUGGAGGAGAAGCUUGAUGAGUUCCGUCGUCUUUUGGGGAAAUCAGACAAGGAUCCGCUAAGGAUUGUAAGUGUUGGUGCUGGUGCUUGGGGAAGUGUUUUUGCAGCACUUCUCCAAGAAAGCUAUGGAAGUUUCAGGGAUAAGUUCCAGAUCAGGAUUUGGAGAAGAGCUGGGAGAGCUGUUGAUAGAGCAACUGCAGAACAUUUGUUUGAAGUGAUCAAUUCAAGGGAAGAUAUCUUGAGGAGACUGAUACGACGUUGCGCUUAUCUGAAAUAUGUCGAGGCAAGGCUCGGUGAUAGGACACUCUAUGCGGAUGAGAUUUUGAAAGACGGGUUCUGUCUUAACAUGGUUGACACUCCACUUUGCCCUCUUAAGGUUGUGACAAAUUUGCAAGAAGCUGUGUGGGAUGCUGAUAUUGUUGUUAAUGGAUUGCCUUCAACCGAAACACGUGAAGUGUUUGAAGAGAUUAGUAAGUACUGGAAAGAGAGAAUCACGGUUCCUAUUAUUAUCUCUUUGUCAAAGGGUAUUGAAACUUCUCUUGUACCAGUUCCACAUAUCAUAACUCCAACAAAGAUGAUCCAUCAAGCAACUGGUGUGCCUAUUGACAAUGUACUGUAUCUUGGUGGACCGAACAUUGCUGCUGAGAUAUACAACAAGGAAUAUGCCAAUGCUAGAAUAUGUGGAGCUGAAAAAUGGAGGAAACCACUAGCAAAGUUCUUAAGACAACCUCAUUUCAUUGUUUGGGACAAUAGUGAUCUUGUGACACAUGAAGUAAUGGGAGGCCUCAAGAAUGUCUACGCCAUUGGAGCUGGUAUGGUAGCAGCGCUUACUAAAGAGAGUGCUACAAGCAAGUCUGUGUAUUUUGCUCAUUGUACAUCUGAGAUGAUAUUUAUAACUCAUUUACUAGCACAAGAGCCUGAGAAACUUGCAGGGCCUUUGCUAGCUGACACUUAUGUGACCUUAUUAAAAGGGCGUAAUGCGUGGUACGGUCAAAUGCUGGCAAAGGGGGAAAUAAAUAGAGACAUGGGUGAUAGUAUAAGCGGCAAGGGAAUGAUUCAGGGUGUUUCUGCAGUGGGAGCCUUUUACCAAUUGCUUAGUCAGUCAAGCUUAAGCAUAUUGACAUCUGAAGAGAAGAAACCUAUAGCCCCAGUCGAGUCAUGUCCUAUUUUGAAGACACUCUACAAGAUACUCAUCACAAGAGAACAAUCAACACAAGCUAUUCUGCAAGCAUUAAGGGACGAAACAUUGAACGAUCCUAGAGACCGUAUCGAGAUUGCACAGAGCCAUGCAUUCUACAGGCCUUCCCUUCUUGGUCAGCCUUGAUUACUCAAUGUCAAUGUAUAAUCCAAAUUUGUUGAAUCUUAUUACGCAGACAUACGACAUAAAUUACUUGUGCAAGCUGCAGAUGGUUCAUUGAAACAUCAUAGCUUUAUUGAGAGGGGUAGUUCCACAUCUGUCAUAUCUUAAAUUUGAUUCUUGUUUAGUCUCUUGAGUCGAUGAAAUUCUUGUACUGUAUCAUUUUCUUUA